GAGAUUGACGUUACAGCGUAACGCUAAACUUUAUUUAGCAUCUAGCUAAUUGCAUAUUUACAUAAUCAGCAGGAGCUAAAGUAGCUUUAAUUUUUAGUCUGUUUCUGGUCACCUGCGGAAUAAAGAAGUAACUGAUGUGGCUGCUCAGAGGGAACAGCUAACACCAAGAACAAGACAUACACACUUGUGGCCCCGCCCCAUCAGUCUGCUACGAGAGCCGGAGCAUCAGAGAGUGGAGUGGAAACAGGAAGAGGAGGAGAGGGGAAGAAAGGAGACAGAGGAGAGGAUCGGGUGAGACAAGGUGGCGAGGAGUGAAAGGGAGGAAAAGGGGAGCAGUGGGGCGUGUGGACCAAAGAGAACAAAGACAAAAAAAGAGAUAGCGGAGCAUGUCUAUUUAAAGGAAUCAAGAGACUGCACAGGUCUGCUGUCUUGCUAUUCCUGACUGACAGCAUCAUCAAAUUUGGACCAGUGAGCCUGUCCUCUCCUUUUCUCUCAUCUCUCAUUGCAAGGUUGUUUUUUUGCUCUCAGGUGUGAAGUGGAGGGCCUCUCAAACACAGACCCAAGACUGGCUGCAUGUAUCACCCAGCAGAGCUGUACUCUGGCCGUAACACAUGGGACUCCUACCCAGCUGGAGGACCUAACAGAGGACAAUGGGCUCCUGUAAACAGUCGGCCCUGGAACAACACACAAAGAUGCCAAGGAGGGCGCAAUCAAUCACAUCAUCCACAAUCAAGUCGUCUUUAUCAUAGGGAAGAGAGAACCGUCAACCAUGUCCAGGACAAGGGUAUUUCCAAGGGGCACAGACAGCCUUUACGUCUCUGGGAUGGUAAAGAGCAGCCGUUUGAGGCCCAGAACUGGCAUCACAACUCCACCCGCUCAUUCCACAACCGAACUGGCACCAACAACAGUUAUCUAACAGGACCAGGAGAGCGCUACACAAACUGGGACAACAAUGUCAGCAACUCUCUGCAUGGGGGUCCUCGCCUGCAUCGCAACAACAGAGAACUCCAGUCCACACCAGAGAGAUGGGCUCCCUCAGACUGCCGCAGGAGCUUCGCAGGCCGAAUGAUAAACAACAGACAAGGACUCUGGAAACGACCAGCACUCCACCAGCGGCGAGACCAACUCCACCAGCACAGUCCACCCCCACAGCACCCUUUAUCCCCUAGGGAAGAGUGUCCAGCCAAGAGGAGAAGGGACUCUGGCCCUGAUCAGUCAUCUCAUCCAGGAUCAAGGCAUUUACUUUUACUUGCCCAUGCCCCAUCACCACCUCGCCACCACCGCUGCAACCAAGAUGACUGGAAGCCUCUUCAUGACAAGGCAGGUUCUUGCCACAACUCUGCCCACAGGACCUCAACAACACAGCAACAGGAAACCUCUAAACUACGAGCUGGAGGACAUGGCUUCUGUAACGGUAACCCAACAGUUCAAAACCAUAAUUGUGGCAGCAGACCACCACAUCAUGGAAACAGAGGGAAGGAUGACCGGAAAAUUUCGUCUUCACCAGCAGACCACACCCGUGUGCCUUACAGCCACCAAAACCAUCAUUACCACUAUCAACGGCACACAGGCCACCCCAGAGCCACACAGCACAACCCCCCGCUACACCCUCUGGAGGAAAAGGACUCCUGGAGCCAUCAUUACAAACAAAGCACAGAACCUCAGCGUACUCAUCCAAGGGGCAAUUCAAGGGAUCCAGCCAUCUCCAGGUCUUCUGGUGCAGACUCUCCUCCAUAUUCAUCCUUCCUCUGUGGUCCUAAAGAUGGAGGUUCUACUGCCAGCAGUCCACGUGCUCCCUCAAGUCCCUCUUCAUACACAGUGGCCAGUGGCAGAAAAGAUCCAUCAGUCAUUCAUCAGUGUAGUCCUGGCCUCAGUGGACAGCAGAAACUCCAGGGAAGUCCCCAUCACACCCCGAGACCUAGCCUGACAUCUACAACGUAUCAUACACCUCAUGCUGGCCCAAAAUCCAGGUUUUUAGAUGUCAAAUACAGAAAGACCUCACACCCCCUCUGCUCGCGACAGUCCCCCCACAGCAGAUCCAGAGCAAACAAGCCUGAGAAGGAGUUGGAAGAACACAAAAAACCUGAGUGCAAACAAAAAGAGAAGUUGGUGAAAAAGGAGAGAAAGGGUGAAGUUCAAAAGACAAACAGAAAGGGUGAAGAAAGAAAAAGGAGGAAGAAAAAAGAAGAAAAGAGGUUAGGCGAGAGAAAAAAGAAAAGGGAUAAAACAGUGAAGAAGGAGAGAAAAUUAGGCUUGAAAACUAAAAUCACAGGAAAGGAAAUGUUCACUUCCAUCUCUACUUCUUACUCUUCAGGGGAGGUCAAAAUGACUAAAAUAGAGACUACAACUCUGACCCCAGAGAAUCAAGGCCAGACAGCACCCAGCCCAACCAGACACAAGCACAGGGAGAGGAGUGAACGUGCAGAGAGGACAUCACACAGGCCAUCCAUAAAUACUCAAAAUACUCCAGAGAAUCACAACACCCCUGGUCGAGCUCCUCAUCCCAGCUGCACUUCACCUCAACCAUCCUCAAAAUCUGAAAAUCGCAAAAUGCCCAAAAAGAUCGUCAGUCCUCCAAAACUCCCUGUCAAAGAACAACUAAUACAGUCUCGACCCACGAACACCAGCUCCAAAAAGACCAGCAAGAGGCCUACCAUCAUCUCAUCCCAAUCAGAAGACGGACCAAAAGCAAAGCCCGAUGAUACACUCCCUUCUCUUUUAUUUAAAGCCUUAGCACCUCUCAGUACAGCAUGUUCCAUUAGUGUAGAUCAACCCAUGCAUGGCAAAGAAGGUGGGUACGGAGGGAUUCUCAAUGCCCCUGACCUGCAGCCUGUGGCUGUGAUGGGAAAUUUGAGGGAAAUUGGAGACAACCUUGCAAACACUCCUCCUGUACUCAGCUGGCAGGGCUCUCCGGUAUCAGUUCUGGGAGAAGAUGAGGAUGAGUUAGAAAAGGGAGUGAUAAGUAGACCUGUCCUCCAGCCCAGCCCCACCCAGUGCUUUUCUCCUCCUCCUGUAGACAGUGAGAGCAUUGAUGAGAUGAAUAAGGAGCCUUGUGAAAGCACACUGGCUGAUUAUUCCCACAAUGACAUGUCUGAACUCAGUGAUCUACCAACUAAACAAGUUGUUAAGGAAGAAAAGGAGGAAGAGAUGGACAGCGGCGAGGAAGCUUCUGGCUCUCUUCUUCGUGAGCUUCGUCACCAUAAAACAGGAUUGGAUGAUGUCUUCAAGAGCCUGGCCACCUUCCUUGGUGGCCAGAGGGUCACAUGUCGAGGCGGUCCAUUUGGGGGGCCUCCUGCUAGCACUGCAGGAGGGGUUAAGUUAUCCUCUUCUCUUGCAUUGGGGCCAGACAUCCACUGUCAGGAGCAUCAGGAUUUCUCCCCCAGAUCAGAUCUCACCACAUCCUCCAAACCCGGCAAUCAAUCACCAACUCACACUACCUCAGAUGCACUUUUUAAAUCCCACAGUCCGACAGAUCUGUGUGAUCCUGUCACAGAUACCCUGGUGCAGAAAAAGCUGGAAGAGACUGAGAAUGAUAUAGAAGAGAAACAAGACGUUAGGGAUACAGACAUCCUCCCUGAGAGAGCAGCGUCAUCUCUUUUGGACGAGUCACUAAGUGCAGAGCUGAGACUGACCACCACACAUACAGCCUCUUUCACCGGCCUCCUCACUGUCUCUACCAAGGAAGAGAGGGCAAACAGCGAAGAGACAGAACACAUUGUCACAGACAGAAAAAGAAAACAAAAGAACAAAGAUGGAGAAAGAGAAGGAGAGAUCAAGAUUAAGAUAAAGAAAGAAGAAAACGGUAUCAUCUGUCUUAAAAACAAAGCAAAUGAAAUAAAGGAUUUGGAAGAAAAGGAUGCAUGUAAAACACCUGUUUCACCUUCAGUGCCAGUCAUCUCCAGAAACUCACCCAUACCCCUCAAAGACAGUACAAAGGGCCAAAUUCCUCAGAAAAAUCCAACCCCACAUGGCAAAGAUGUGCAGAGAGAAAAAGGGGACACUGGGAACUCCGAGGUAAAGAUUGUAACAGAGACGAAGGAAGAAGUCAGUGAGUUAGAAAAUACGAUAUCCUCAACAGCUGGAAACACAGAUACCAAGAACUCAAGCUCAGAGUCAACUGUCACAAUCAAUACAUCCAAACUAUGUAUCUCCACACCAGCGAGUAAACCCUGCUCAUUAACUCCAGUCGACCCCCUGAAACUAAAAGCAUUGUCAAUGGGCUUGUCUAAGGAGCUUAAGAUUCUCUUGAUUAAGGUGGAGAGCGCUGGUCGACAAACAUUCAACAUAUCAGAGGUGGAAGAGCAAAGAAUCCCACUUUCCAAGAUCAGCAUCGAAAACACCGCCACUGAAGUGAUUAGAGCUUGCAAGGGGACAAGGGUGAAGGGGAAAUUCAAGGAGUCGUACCUGCUUCCUGCCCUUUCUGUCAAACCUAACAUUAACAUCGAGACCCCCAUUCCACGAGAAAAGCUUAACCCUCCCACUCCGAGCAUCUAUUUGGAAAGCAAGAGAGACGCCUUUUCUCCAGUUCUGCUUCAGUUCUGCACUGAUCCCAAAAAUGCUGUUACUGUCAUCAGAGGCCUUGCUGGCUCCCUCCGCCUUAACCUUGGUCUGUUCUCCACUAAAUCCCUGGUGGAGGCCAAUGCGGAGCAUGCAGUGGAAGUGAGGACUCAGGUUCAGCAGCCUGCUGAUGAGAACUGGGAUCCCAGCGGCUCCACGCAGACAUGGCCCUGCGAGAGCAGCCGUUCACACACCACCAUUGCCAAAUACGCCCAGUACCAGGCUUCCAGCUUCCAGGAGAGCCUGCAGGAGGAGAAGGAGAGUGAGAAUGAAGACGAAGGAGAGCAAGCCAAGUCCCAAGACCCAUCAGCCACUGCAAAAGCAGGUCUCACAUUAGCCAACAGUAAAGGCAGUCCCGCCUCGACUACCAUGAAAGCCAAUUCCGCUCUCCUCAGCAAAGCCCAACCUCUUCAAGCCACCAGCGUGCCCAGCUCAGAGAUGAAAACAGUCGGAAAGAUAAUCAAAUUUGGGACCAACAUUGAUCUCUCGGACCCUAAAAGGUGGAAGCCACAGCUGCAGGAGCUGCUGAAGUUGCCAGCUUUCAUGCGUGUGGAGUCGAGCAACAACAUGCUCAGUCACGUCGGUCACACCAUCCUGGGCAUGAACACUGUCCAGCUCUACAUGAAGGUGCCAGGCAGCCGCACGCCAGGUCACCAAGAGAACAACAAUUUCUGCUCAGUCAACAUCAAUAUCGGGCCAGGCGACUGUGAGUGGUUUGCUGUCCAUGAGCACUACUGGGAAGUUAUCAACAAAUUCUGUGAGAAGCAUGGUGUAGACUACCUGACAGGGUCCUGGUGGCCAGUUCUGGAAGACCUUUACAGUGCCAACAUUCCUGUGUACCGCUUCAUUCAGAGGCCGGGUGACCUGGUGUGGAUUAAUGCAGGGACUGUACAUUGGGUCCAGGCAGUGGGUUGGUGCAACAACAUCGCCUGGAAUGUGGGACCGCUCAACUCAUACCAAUAUCAACUCGCCCUGGAGCGCUUUGAGUGGAAUGAGGUGAAGAAGGUUAAGUCAAUCGUUCCCAUGAUCCACGUUUCCUGGAAUGUGGCUCGCACCAUCAAGAUCACCAACCAGGAUACCUUCAAGAUGAUCAAACACUGCCUGAUGCAGUCCAUCAAGCACAUCCAGAUUCUGAGAGACCAGCUGGUGGCUGCAGGGAAGAAGAUCUGUUACCAGAGUCGUGUGAAGGACGAGCCGGCCUACUACUGCAAUGAGUGUGACGUGGAGGUGUUUGACGUGCUGUUUGUGACAAGUGAGAACAGCAGUAAGAAGUCCUAUGUGGUGCACUGCGAGGACUGUGCCCGAGCCAACAGCCCGUCGCUGGCAGGAGUAGUGGUGCUGGAACAGUAUCGGAUGGAGGAUCUGAUGAGAACCUAUGACAGCUUCACACUGGCUCCAUCACCAUUAUCAAAGUGAGGACUCCUCCCUGGUGUCUUUCAGCCAUAACCAAAACUCUAAUGGCAGCACAAAUGUUGUCUUCAAGGCAGUCUAUUCCUGGAAACACUUUCUGAAUCAGCCAAUCACGUUUACUCAGUAUUGUUUACAUCACACAAUAAGGUAUGGAUACUCAGCCAAUCCAACUAUAGCUCACUGUCUUCCCCAUACCAGCUGCUGAUUGGACUUGUGUUUUGAAAUAGAAUGACUAGACUGGUACUUCUCAUGAAAAGCAUUUCAGAUAUUAAAAAAAAAAAAAAUGUGAGCACUGCUAGCACUGAAAAUCAGGUUAUAUGUUCAACGGACACUGCUGUGAUUCAAAAGCGUCAAGUAGCCAGUUUUGUGUAUUGAUUCAGGUACUUUUAUGCAAAUUCAGUAGAACUUUUUUUACACCAAUCUAGUUAUUCUAUAUGUCCAUGAAUUCGCUGUGAUUCUGUUGUACCAGCAGGGGAAUCGCUUCACAGGAGAAGUAGCUGAUUGUCACAUUUGGCAUUGUAUUGGUUCCUGUUUUUGUUUGGUAUUCAGGUAAAACUCUGACAUUUGUCAUUCCUGUCUGUAAACUCUUUGAGGUGCUAUUCCAAUCUUAUUUAUUCUCGUUAGAUACUUAAAAAGUUUUACCAGCCUAGAAGUACACCACAUUGGCCUUGUGAACUGUAUUUAGAGGAGAUGUAAUUAGAGGAUUAAAUACACACAAAAAGGUUUUAUGUAAGUAUUAAAAAAGCAAAUCAAAAACUUUUAUCAGUUUCUCUAAAAUACGGGUUUACUAGAGGACUAAUAUGGUUUCAUUCUUAGUUGGAAAUCAAGUAUGUAAAUGGAAAAUUCAAUUUUUUCAGUCCAGCUAAAUAGUCAUUGGUGUGGUUUCUAUGAUACACCCGGAAAACAGACAUAGUGGUGUUUUUAUUUUUUGGGAAUGGGAAUACAAUCCCAGUUUUAUACCUCUUUUGUUUCUUGUUUCUAGAUGACAGAAAAUAAAUAAUUGUAAAUUGUGAAUGAAUUUAUGGGAUACACAGUGGUGCGGUGUGCACAGACGGGGUACAGAGAGGGGAAUCACUUUUGUGGCUUGCGUUGGUGAAGUGCCGCUUACAGUCUGAAAGAAGUAAUACGUCCAAAGAGACACACAAUCAUAAUUGUACAAUGCAAAAGCAAAUGAGGGCAAAAAACAAUGAGCAGACUGCAGGGCAUUUCUUCAGUGUUUUCAUAUGCAGCGAACAUCCAUCCUGAUCAGGCUCACUUCAUAUUCCCAGUUUAACAUGUUUAAGAGGACAUGAGUUGAGAUAUGACAAGUAAGGCCCAGUCGUCAUUCUAACAUUUUUCUCCCUUUUUUCUUCUCCACCAUGUAGACAGUCCCUGAAAAUGGAAAGUUUCAUUUUUUUGUAUUUUGCAUUUACUGAUCUUUAGUUAUAAUGUUAUAGUAUUGUUAUAAUGUAAGGGUGAGAAAAUUUCUACAGCUUCACAGUACAUUGAAAAGCUUUGAUUCCUUCAUAAAAUGUGAUUAUUACUCUGCACUGGACUCUAUUCCAAAUGCUGUUAAUUAGUUGAGUGAAUUAGGUUAGACCUAUUUUACACUAUUUGAAUCGAUGCUGUGUAGCCAUGACAACAAAAUCCCCACAAAUAAAAAUGUUCAGAUCAUACUCCUGCCCUCAUCAGUCUGUGCACACCAUUUAAUGUACAUAAUCUAUCUGUUGUCAGGUUUAUUAGAAGACUUACGUGGUUUUGUUCUCAGUCAAAAAUCUAAUUUCUAUAUGGUCAAAUAUGUCCACCUCAGUCAUUUGUUUUUAUUGUUGCUAUAUUAUAAGACACCCUAAAAAUAUCCUGUUUCACUCUAGUUUCAGUUACUGUAAUGGUGGUUUCUUCCCAUUUUUAUACCUCUUUUUGUUGUCAGUUUCUGUUUUUUGGAUUACAGAGGAAAUGAAAAAUUGUAAAUUGUGACAUUAUUUAUACUGUACAUGGUUGUUUUCUUAUAUAUUUAUUGCAUAUCAAAGGGUACUUCACUUGAUAAGGGGCUACAAGGUAUUUUAAAGAUGUAGUAUGGUCAUAAUGUGUGGAUAGGGGAAGUGCAAUCAGGGAGCGGUUUCAUUUUCAUGGUGCUAGACCCCUCCUUGCCUCAACGCCCCCUCAUUAAACAGCAUAUAAUGAUGUAUGAAAAUGAGUCAGUGACACAACUCAAACUGACCGGUUGGUGCUUAGAACCAUUUCAACACAGUUUACUGGUACCAGAAAUGGAAUGAUGUCUUUGUACUGUAUCUAACAGAUAAAUAUAAGAUCUUUUUAAACUUUUUUCCAUUGUAUGAAAUUCAUAAUCUUGUGAGGCAUUAGUAGUUUUAUGAGCAUUAGCAGUAGUUGUAAUUCUUUACACUUUUGCAGACUUUUAGGGAUGUGACUUUUAAUGGCGUCGAGGUUUUUGUUUUUUGUGUCUUGUCCUCAUUCUUAGUAUUAUUUGAAGGAUGUAACAAUGCUCUUUCUCCUCUUGACUCGUUUGAUUUAUGCUGCACUUACUGUUUUAAAAAGAACUCACAUAGAAGAAAACCUGAGCCAGACCUGUCUUAAAUCCCUCUGUGAUUUUUCUGUGACAUAUUGUAUUGUUGUUCAAGAAAAUAAAAAUGUUUUGAUAAAUUA